GUCUCCCCUCGGCCCCACGGCCCGCGCCGGCCCUGCCCCAGCUGAGGGCACCCGCGCGGCCCGGGCGGCACCUGGGCGCCCGCGCCUCUCGGACGGCCGCGGGACUCGGGUCUCUGGAGAGUCAGCCCGUGGUCUCCUGAUAAGCUUCCUAAAGAUCAUGGCCCCCCUGCUUGGGAUGGACUGCAAGGGAUCUAACAUGAAGAAGACUGAGCCCAGGAAACAGACUGUGAGCAUUCCCACACCAGGACUUGGGCUAAGAAACACAGUUUUGGAGUGAGAUGGUUGGAGAAUGGAGCAGCGUGAGGAAGACAGAAACCGCCCCCCUCCCUGGACUGGCCAAGCCCAGCGCUGCUGCCACCAUGCCCAAGAGAAAGGCCAAAGGAGAUGCUAAAGGUGACAAAGGGAAGGUGAAGGAUGAGCCGCAGAGGAGAUCGGCCCGCUUGUCUGCGAAACCGGCUCCUCCAAAACCAGAACCCCGGCCUAAAAAGGCCCCUGCAAAGAAAGGAGAGAAGCUACCCAAAGGGAGAAAGGGGAAAGCAGAUGGUGGCAAGGAGGGGAACAACGCUGCAAAGAACCUAGAUGCUUCCACAGUCCAGUCACAGAAAGCAGAAGGCAGUGGGGAUGCCAAGUGAAGUGUACUUUUUUGAUAGUCUGUACUUCUAGUGACUUUACUGUUUGAAAUACUAUUUUUCUUUAAUCAAGUUUUAUAAAAAUGUAGAAUUUGGGUGGUUUUUUUUUCCCCAAACUUAACGUUGUUAGCAUACAAGACGCAUUGUUGUUGUCCUUUGUGGAAAGUGCAAAUACCACUAAUAGAAAGUCUCAGAAGCUGGCUUGAAAUGGGGGAAGAUGGGAUCUUCUGUCCUUGUUUUUGAAAAUUAUUCUUGGUUCCCAGGAGCGAUUCUCUGACAUUCACACAUGUCAGCCACUUUGGCUUAGAAGCCUUACAGCACAGAGAAGCAAAACUUCAUGUCUUCUUUCCUGAUGCCGUCAGCAUAUACUUGACUUCCUGAAAUAGUUGUGAUGUGGCCUUGGCUCCCCUAAAAUCCCAUGCUGGGUAACAGUACUCAGGCUUCCUGGUGAUAACAUCAAGAUGGUGUUGCUCCAAAGAGCCAAGAUUCCUGUUUGUAGUUUGUAGAUCAUUGCAUUGAUGAUCUUAGAGUUUUUAGUUCCUUUCUUCCGUGUCCGAGUUGACCUGUGAAAAGAUCUUACAUGCCUCUUGUGAAAUAUCCACCCUUUCUGAGAACUCCCACCUUUUCAAACACAACAGAAGACUGUUGACUUUUGGGGGAGGGGAGUUUGAAAGUUGUGAAGUGUUAUGGAUUGUCAACCCUGUCCUCCUGGAAAUAACUGGUUUUGAAAAGUAUCUGAUAAAGCUGAAUACAAAUUAGCUUGGUGGUAGGGGGAUCAUUUCCUACCCAAAGUCAUAGAGAUAUUCUUUCCUGCAUUGUAAACCUUUUAUAGUCUUGCUUUUCACAUUUGUCUUUAGUCUGCUCUGAACUGAUUUUUGUGAAAAGUAAGAGAUAGAAGUUCAAUAUAGUAUUUUUUUCCAUAUGGAUUAGUGGUUGUUGCCCCAGCACCAUUCUCUGAAUACUUUAUUCUUUUCCCACUGAUCUAUAACACCAGCUCUUUCAUAAGUAAAGUCUUUGUGUGGGUGGGUCUGUUGAUUAUUUCUUUUCAGUCAAUUUGUCUAACCUUGUGGCCAUACCAUACAAUCCUGAGUACUACAACUUUAGAAACAGGACUUCAUAUCUCAGGACAAAUCCCACCUCCAAAAAAAUCACCACCAAAUUUUUCUUCCUUGGGAGUAUUUUGGCUCUUCUUAGCCAUUUGCUCUUCUGUACAACUUUUAGAAUUAGAUUGACAAGUUCUAAAACAAAACAAAAAUAUUGGAAUUUUUAUUGGAUUUGUACGGAAUUUAUAGACUAAAUAAUACAAUGUUGAGUCUUCCAAUCCAUGAACAUGAUACAGUUCUUCAUUUACUUAGCCUUUUUAAGUGUCUUUCAAUAAAGUUUUAUAAUUUUCUCCAUAAA